CCAGCGCUCGCUCGCUUCCUCAUCCUCGAAUCGAAGGGCGCAUUCCCACAGGAAUAUCUUCUAGCUGUUCAGAAUGAGUGCAGGCGCUGUGAUCGGCAUCAUCGUCGGUGUGGUCGUUGUGCUGGGCGUCGGCGGCUUCUUCGCCUACCGCGCCAUGGGCGCCAAGCGCGAGGACGACGAGAAGCAGUUCAUGCAGAACUACCCGGUGUCCAAGAUCAACACGUCGGAGCCCAACGAGUCCGUGGCCAACACGCAGAAUACGCCGACCGAGUACGACUUCACCGCGCUCGAGUCGCAGACCACCAAGGCCGCGCCGGAGCCGCUCGAAUCGUCCAUCGCCAUGCUGCACGACGUGCCCGGUAGCUCCCCCAGUCCGACCACGCAGGAGCCGACGAAGUACAACUUCGACCCGGCGCAGUCGACGGUGAACGGGGCGGCGCCGUCCACGUCGCCCUUUAAUAGGAAGGACGCUGUGCAGGCCUCGCGACCCAGCAACAGCAACUUCGAGGCCCACUCGAUGGAGUUCAACGCCGCCGCCGGCAGCUAUGCCGAGUCGUACAACGAGUCCUACGCCGGUUCGUUCACUGGCUCCAUGGCGGGGUCGUACGCCAACUCGUUUUCGGGCACGUACAACGGCCAGGGAGUGCUCAACUCGUUUGAUGGCAGCGUGGAUGACUUUGGUCGCGACACGGUCGGAACGACUGUCUCGGAGGCCCUGGAGCGACAAAGCGAGGUGCCCAAUGGAGAUCAGGAGGCGUCGCACUGGAUGGACGAGAUGCGCGGCACGAACGACAGCUACGCCAUGCUCGAGUCGGGCUCGUUCGACCGCACGUCGGCGCUCUCUUCGCGCUUCUCCACAGACUCGGAAUUCGGCCGCCCGACGCAGUCCUAAGCCAGACAGGAAGGAAAGAAUGAAGAGAGAGAUGUAUCUAUAGUAACUGGUUAGGAAAAUGUGUCGAGUGCUCCACUUGGGAGCUUCAGUGCAAUUAAUGCAACGCAAGUUUUGAAUGCAGUGAGUAGUCAUAAUG